CGCUUAGUGUAACUUUCUUUCCAACCUCCUCAGCCUUCACCAGGAAGCAACAACCUCGGUCAUCAUGGAAACAGUCAGCCAGAAUCGAUGAUGCCUAUCUAGCAGCCUUCCUACAUUUGCAAGACUACAUAUGAAUUGUCGUCAUGGCAGCCCAAGAGCUUGACCAAAGUCCUGCCAGCAAACGGCUGAAGCUCGACCUUACACCGCGCUCUCACGCGGGUACCAGCACUACCAUAACAACCUCGCAACCGGUCGAGCUUGAGAAAACGGUGUCUAAAUCAUUGACCCGACCCAUCAGCCCUCCACUUUCCAGGCGUAAACGGUCUGCAACUCCAACAUUACUGAAGUCACGUGCAGAGAAUACUGGCAUCCCAACAGCAAGAGCAGCGAAAUUGCAGUCGUUACAACCAACUCCUCAAUCCCGGAAUUUUCUCCCCUCCCCGAUUCAGCUCACUCGUAUUAAAGACCUUGCUCCCACCCAGAAUGUAGAUACUGUUGACCUUAACGACAUCUUGGGUGAUCCCAUGAUCAAGGAAUGCUGGAACUUCAAUUUCUUGUUUGAUCUGGAUUUUGUGAUGAAGCACUUUGAUCCUGAUGUCCGGGAGAUCGUGAAGGUUAAGAUUGUACAUGGGUUUUGGAGGCGAGAGGACGAACGAAGGCUGGGUCUCCAGGAAACCGCGGAGCGUUACCCCAACAUUGAGCUUAUCAGUGCCUAUAUGCCUGAUCCAUUCGGUACCCACCAUUCCAAAAUGCUAAUUCUCUUCCGCCACGACGACCUGGCUCAGAUCAUCAUCCACACCGCGAACAUGAUCUCUCGGGACUGGUGCAACAUGACCCAAGCUGUAUGGAGUUCCCCACUUCUACCACUCCAGCCCUCAGAAACUGGCGAUUAUCCAGGAAGACAGGACGAGAAAGAGGCCCACCCAAUUGGGAGUGGGGCACGCUUUAGAAUCGAUAUCCUGAGAUACCUUCGUGCAUAUGGGAAGCGAUUAGGAGAUUUGCUAAACGAGAUUUUGAAAUAUGAUUUUUCAUUCAUCCACGCCGCUUUCAUCGGCAGCACACCCUCUCGCCAGAAGCCUAGUGCUGCAAGACCAGAUAUCCAGACGGCGUGGGGCUGGACUGGGCUAGGAGAACUUUUAUCUAGUAUCCCCGUCCCUCCCUUAGAAGAUAGGAAGUCCCCUCCACACGUCAUCAUUCAAGUUUCCUCAAUUGCAACACUCGGCCAAACACCCACCUGGCUUCAAAAUUUCCAAUCGAUCCUUAGUCGCACAGCGUCAUUGUUACCAGACAACUCCACAAGCCCAAACACCGCCUCACCCUCAAAACCGAAACCGUCGAACUUCUUCACUAAGCGCAACCCCAAACCUUUCCUCAAAUCCAAAUCCCUAGACCCCAAGUUCAGCAUUAUAUUCCCCACUGCUUCCGAAAUCCGUACCUCACUCGAUGGCUAUGGCUCCGGCUUCUCCAUUCACACAAAGCUCCAAUCUGCGGCUCAACAAAAACAACUCCAGUACCUCCACCCUCUCCUAUGCCACUGGGAAACGACCGGCAGGUCCCCAGAGCAGGAGAAACGAAGUGCUGAAAGAGGUUCUGCCGCUCCGCAUAUCAAGACUUACAUCCGUUUCAGUGAUUCUGAGCAGAGAAGGAUUGAUUGGGCCCUGGUGACGAGUGCGAAUUUAAGUAAACAGGCAUGGGGUGAGAUGGAAAAUAAGAAUGGGGAAGUGUGGAUUCAGAGUUGGGAGUGUGGGGUUGUGGUGUGGCCGGAUUUGUUCAAGGUGAGCGACGAGGAGGUUGUGGAGAUGGUGCCGGUUUUUAGGAGGGAUCUGCCCGGGGAGGGGGAGUUGAAUGGUGGUGAGAUUGGGGAAGAGGUUGAGGAGGGGAGGGGUCGAGAACUUAGGAAGACGUUUAUUGGGCUUAGGAUGCCUUAUGAUCUUCCGCUUGAACAGUAUGAAAAGGAUGAGGUGCCUUGGUGUGCGAGCUUGAAUAAUGAGGAGCCGGAUUGGAAGGGAGCUAUAUGGAAGGGCUACUAA